GCUCCAGCCGGUCCUGUAGACGGUGUGGUGACGGUGAUACUCGGGAGACGGACAACGACGACGGACGGCAUGUCGGUAAAGAAGGACAGCCGCUCGGAGCUGCACCUCCACCGAGCCGCCAUCACCGGUGACGUCACGCGGUGUCAGGCCGUGCUGGACGCCGGCCUCGUCCACGUCGAUUGCGCCGACAUGGAGGGCACCACGCCUCUGCUACUGGCGGCCGCUAACGGACACCUGGCCUGCGUCAAGGAGCUGCUGCGACGGGGCGCCGACCCCGACAGACGACGACAGACGGGGGCGACACCGGUGUUUUUCGCGGCGCAGGCCGGUCACGUGGAGGUGCUGAGGGCUCUGCUGCGGCACGGUGGAAGGCCCGACACACCCACCACGGACGGCGCCACUGCGCUGCUGGUGGCCAGUCAGGGCGGCCACACGGUCUGUGUUCGCGAGCUGCUGCAGGCGGGAGCUGCCGUCAGCGCCCGGAUGAAGGACCGCUCGACGGCGCUGUUCCUGGCAGCUCAGAACGGUCACCACGAGGUGGCAGCACUGCUGACAGACGCCGGAGCUGACCCCGACCAGGCCAGGGUGGACGGGGCCACUCCGCUGUGGAUCGCCGCCCAGCUGGGCCACAGCCGGGUGGUGGAACACCUGCUGAGAGCAGGGGCCGCCGUCGACAGUCCCCGACACGACGGGGCCACAGCGCUGUUCAAGGCGGCCCACAAAGGUCACGAGGAGGUGGUGCGCGCGCUGCUGCCGCACUCCCCUUGCCUAUCAGUUUUACCGAACGGCGAGUCGGCGCUACACGCGGCAGCCAUGUUCGGUCACACGACCUGCGCCGAGCUUCUAGUCUCAGCCGGGAGCAGGAUCGAACUGCGGAACGCCGAGGGCCUGACGCCCGGCGAGCUGGCGCUCCAAGCCGGCUACGAACGGCUGGCCACGGCGCUCGAGCGGCGCCGGUGAGCGGCUUUCAGUGAAACAACAUGCUAAAAGUUACAGGGGUGUGGCCAUCGCCUGACCGAGCCGCCUGCCUCGAAUUUGACCGUUGUGGACAACUAAGUAAUGCGGGCGUGGCACACUGUCGCCUGUCGGACCCAUAUAUUAUGGAGCCAUUAGGUGUCUUCGUCUGUAAGCUUCAUGCUGUUAAUGGUGUUAACUGAAGCCUCAGACAUGGCGUCGGUACGCACUCGUGUGACAUUUGCUUCAACUGGGGCGUUUACCUGUCCGACGGGUGUUAGCAAUUGUCCGCGCUCUCUCGGGCUCCAUCGGCAUCGACCGGAGCGCCGCCUACUGGCCCGUAGGACGCGGACACAGGUCACGCGCAAUGCUGACGGAAUGAGCAGUUCUAGCCGCCGUGAAGCGAGUUUGGGUUCAGUCAGUCCUCAGACCUGCCCGGAACGCUACGGGGAAGUACCGGAGCGGCGGAAAACGUUCAGUUCGCAAUAGACUAGCAGUGUUACGGUCAGAGAACCGCUAAGAAUCCCAUGGUGUGCGGGAGGAAUGUGUGCGUGAAACUGUGACCACUUCCGCUGUUUGUUACUU